UUAGACGCAUCCCAGGAUAAUGAGGACUCAGAACCUGAGCAUCUCAUGUGGACAGCUGACCCACUUCUCCUCGGAGCAGUACAAGUAAAGCGGAGCUUCCGGUUCCGGUAGGGCCGUCCCUAGCGGCGGAGAUGGCGGCUACAACGGCGGAGGCUGCGGCCUCAAGCUCUGGAGGACCCCGGGAAGAGGCUGAAGCUCCCAGCCCCUCCUGGAAUGAGUCCCAGCUGCGCAGUUAUAGCUUCCCGACCCGGCCCAUUCCGCGUCUGAGUCAGAGCGACCCCCGGGCGGAGGAGCUUAUCGAGAAUGAGGAGCCUGUGGUGCUGACCGACACAAAUCUUGUGUAUCCUGCCCUGAAAUGGGAUCUCGAAUACCUGCAAGAGAAUAUUGGCAACGGAGACUUCUCUGUGUACAGUGCCAGUACGCACAAGUUCUUGUACUAUGAUGAGAAGAAGAUGGCUAAUUUUCAGAACUUUAAGCCAAGGUCUAACAGGGAGGAAAUGAAAUUCCAUGAGUUUGUUGAGAAACUGCAGGAUAUACAGCAGCGAGGAGGGGAAGAGAGGUUGUAUCUGCAGCAAACACUCAAUGACACUGUGGGCAGGAAGAUUGUCAUGGACUUCUUGGGUUUUAACUGGAACUGGAUUAAUAAGCAACAGGGAAAGCGUGGCUGGGGGCAGCUGACCUCCAAUCUGCUGCUCAUAGGCAUGGAAGGAAAUGUGACGCCUGCUCACUAUGAUGAGCAGCAGAACUUCUUUGCUCAGAUAAAGGGCUACAAGCGAUGCAUUUUAUUCCCUCCGGAUCAGUUCGAGUGCCUCUACCCUUAUCCUGUUCAUCAUCCCUGUGACAGACAGAGCCAGGUGGACUUUGACAAUCCCGACUACGAGAGGUUCCCCAAUUUCCAGAACGUGGUUGGUUACGAAACAGUGGUUGGUCCUGGUGAUGUUCUUUACAUCCCAAUGUACUGGUGGCAUCAUAUAGAGUCAUUACUAAAUGGGGGGAUUACCAUCACUGUGAACUUCUGGUAUAAGGGGGCCCCUACACCUAAGAGAAUUGAAUAUCCUCUCAAAGCCCAUCAGAAAGUGGCCAUAAUGAGAAACAUUGAGAAGAUGCUUGGAGAGGCUUUGGGGAACCCACAAGAGGUGGGGCCCUUGUUGAACACAAUGAUCAAGGGCCGAUACAACUAGCCUGCCAGGAGUCAAGGCUUCCUGCCAGGUGACCGCUAGCCCAUCUACACUGCUUCAUUGAUGAGGACAGGAGACUCCAAGCACUAGUAUUGCACUCAGCACUUAAUGGACUGGACUCUUGCCAUGGCCCUGGAGGCAGGUGUUUGGGGCAAGGCAGGGUGGUUGGCACUCACUCACAUUUGGAGGAAUUCUAUACCCUUGCCUCUGUGCCCCAGCACCUUCCCUCCAUACCCCUCUAAAGUCCUGCAUUCAGUGUGUGGAGUUCCAGCUUCUGGUUGUCAUCAUGUCUGUGUGUGUCAGUGUGUCAACCUCAGGAUGUGUGCAUGUGUGUGCAUGCACACGCAUUGUGUAUCUGUUCCUUACACCCUUCUUUCAGGUCAGGACCCCACAUCUGGCUCUCAGCUCUAACUCCUGCAACCUCUGUGCCUCCGCCUGAGAGAGAGGAGAUGCUCUGGGAUGCCCACUAUAUCGGGGCUGCAGGACCAGAGCUAUCCUGACCUUUAGGUCAGUUGGCUUCCUUCAGGUUUCACAGAGUCAGGCUCUGGGCUGUGUGGGAAUGGCUACUGGGAUUCUAAUGGGGAGAGUGAAAAGGAGGCUUGCUUUGAGGGCCUGGAGAGCUUUCUGUGAGAGAAUUAGGUUCCAACUUGGACCUUCAUGCUCAAGCCAUAUAUAGAAAAGAGCCUUGGGAAACAAGAGCCAAGGAUUAUGUAAGAUUAAAAUUUGAGACACAUACCAUUCUCUUUCAGCACCAGCUCUGCUCCCUGUGCUGAGUGCCAAGGGAGUCCCAGCAGUGGCUUCUCUGAGUUCUAGGGGAGCACAACUCCACAGGGUAUGUGUGCGUGCGUGCACACUGGCCUGCCUCUCUGCUUGCCAAGUUUCUCUGCUGCUUAAUCUCAUCCAGGGGGUGGGUACACAGUGCGAGCCCCAAGGCAGUACCCCCUGACCUAACCUAAAGAAUUGAAACUCAAUCUUAGCCAUUGGACGUUGGUCAGGACUCACUGCAACCUGCCUGAAUGAGGCUGGCUGGCUAGCCGCCUCUGCCCAGGCUACAUCCUCUGUCUGGGGAGCUUCCUGGCUGAGGAGAAAAAAUGGGGUCUGGCUUAGGCAACUGAGUCACCACCUGUCACCCACCUCACAGCAAGGACAAAAAUGUAGCCUUGUCUCUUAAAGCCAGCGCCUCUGCCGGCCCCACAGCAGUGUUUCACAAACCCCCUCUCAGGGCUGCAACUUAACAACUGGGCAGCUGUGCACUGCACAACUCAGCCAUCAUUCACAUCCGUUCAGUGGGAUUGGGGCCCCUGGAAUUGGGCAGUAUGGUGGGCCUGUGUCUUGUCGCCUCCACUUCCAUCUCCAUGUCCCUUCUCUCUGGAAGGAAAGAGGAGUUGGAGUCUCUGGGUUUAUAUUUUUCUUUUUCUCUUUUUUUUGGCCAAAGGUUUACUUCUGGUGUCUGAGCUAUGGCUCUUACCCCCAAAGCUCAGUUUACAGUUACAGUGCACUGAUGGACUGCGAGGGCCUGUGUGUGUGUGUGACCUGUGUGUUUCACGAGGGGUGUUCAUCUUUAGUGCUCCAUUCUGGGGUUCUGUAAUGCAGUGUGUGCACAAACAUGGUACCUUCUCAAGUGUAGUUCUUUCAAAUACAGCCAAUGCUGGGAAAUGUGAUUGCAGCGAUUUCCAUCCCUCCGUCUCUUUGGGGAAGGAUAAGUGCACAAAGAAAACAGGGCAUAUGGAGGAUGACCUUGACUACAACCACACUUUGAAAGACAACAGAUUGUUUUUUGACCUCAGCAGGUCUGCUUCAUUGCCGACUCCACCUGCAAAGAUGUGGGUUGAUGUACAGCAGGGAAGUGUGUGCCACUCAGCUGGUCCUUGCUGGGUGCGAUGCUGACAUAGGUUGUACCUAAGGGGACAGAGGGGUAUACCUGCACAGGAUUGGUUACGAUCCUUGGGUAAUAUAGUAGUAACUGCUGAUUAUUGGACACCUAAUGUGUGUGCCUAGUGCUUUUAUCUUUGUUUCUCACUAUCCUACAAGGUAGGUAUUCUCAUUUUACAGCCAAAGAAAAGGGCUCAGAGAGGUUAAGCAAUCAGUGGCAGGAUUCCAACCUAGUGCUAUUUGGCUGCAAACCACCUGCUGCUCCUUUUCAACCAAACUGUUGCUUCUUUUACCUCCUCCCCUGUACUGCAGGCCAGCCUCAGCUCUCACCCCACUGGUGUUGUCUGGUGCAGAAGAUAGAGCACAGCGAGAAAGCUUUUCUGGGUUCCAUCUAAAGACAUCUGGGGAAAACUUGGAAGCCAUAAAAUGAGUUAAGAGUGCUGGAAGGAGCUAUGGGGAGACUGAGCUCUAGAUCCCAUUGUGUUACUAGUAUGUCCUCAAAUAGGUCCCAUAAUUUGUCCAGCAUGCUUCUGCAUCAGUAGAAUUGAGCUAGGUGACCACUAAGAACUUGGAUUCAUGUUCUGCGCUCUCCUUUUCCCCCCAAGAAGAGGUUGAGGCUCUUCACUUAACUAGGUUAGGGCAUUUGGGCUCAAAUUCUCAUUGGGGCAAAGGAAAUAUUUCUUCCCUGUUGCUGAUCCCUGUUGUAGAGGCAGAUACCAUGGGAAGGUGGGGUUUGGGCCCAUAUGGAGGUUGGCUAUGUUGCAUGCCCCCCUUUUUACACCAGUAGGUACAGAGGAAACGACUCCUGUGAAGUCAGAUAUUGGGGGGUCGGAGUUUGGGGGCUGGAGGAGGAGCCGUUCUGGGCAUUAGUUGAACAGAUGCCCAGGAUGCCCGGGGGAGACCAGCUUCCCCUACAAAUCAGAGCUCUAAAUUACAGGGUUUUUACCAGUGCGAACAGUUGGGGGAAGUCGUCUGCUCUCAUUUGCGUAAUGGUUUCUGUCACUGGUGAUUAGACACAGGAUGAAGGAAAAGAAAUUUGACAAUUAGGAAUGAGUAAUCAUUAAUCUGUAUCUGUUAGCAGACAGAAAGGGGGAAGGACCCUUAUUGGCCAUCCCAGUGUGGGGGAGACUCUCCUGUACCCCCCAGAGAAUCUUGGGUCACCUACCCUUUUAUUGUAUCCACAAGCAGACUGAGCUGGUGUUUUUUAACACCAGAAAGAGUAGGUGGGCCCAGCCUUGGCUGGUGUAGCUCAGUGGAUUGAGCAUGCGCCUUCGAACUAAAGGAUCGAGGUUUGAUUCCUAGUCGGGGCACAUGCCUGGGUUGUAGGCCAGUUCCCAGCGGGGGACACAUGAGAGGCAACUAUACAUUGAUGUUUCUCUCCCUCUCUCCUUCCCUUCCCCUCUAAAGAUAAAUAAAUAAAAUCUUUUUAAAAAUCCAUUCCUUAAAAAAAAAAAGAAUAGGUGGGCCCAGUCCCCAGCUUGAGGUGGAUACAGGAACACAUCUACGGGUGUGAGCCAGCAUAGAGAGACGGGUGUGAAGAGCAAACAGUGGGGCAGAGGAAAAGGUAUAGUUUUGACAUGUGCUAUUUGUGAGAAGUGCUUCUGUAAUCUACUCCCGACGACCAGCCAGUGGAGAGUGUUUGUUACGUUCCAGCACUGCAGAGUAUGGAGAGAACCUGGUCUCUAUGCACUAGGAGCUUCUCAGUUGAAGAAACCACGUGAAACAACCAGAGGUUAUGAAACCAUGCGCUGGUGCACUGUGAGGACGAAACCAGAGGCUGUUGAGGAAAGAAGAAGAUCAGUAAAAAUCAGAUCUCUUCUUCCAGGCUCCUCCAAGUUCGUGGACUCCACAGGGAGGGGCGCUUCCCUCUAAGCUGUCCAGCCACAUUGGUGUCUCCCACGGAGGGCACUGAAGCCCCCGCCCAGAUGUGUGAGCAGGUGAUGAGAUCAGCUUAAAGGCUGUGUCUUGGAUGUGGAGAGUUCCAACUUGGAUCUUCUCAGGUCUCCACAUUUCCUCUUCCUCUGCGUCUCGGUGCAGACUUCAAGGACAAUAUUAAUUUGUAUCAGUUGGCAGUUACUCCUGUUUGACGACCUGUACGUAGCGGGGUCCUUAGAUCAGAGGCUCCCUCGAGUAUUGGGUACAGGCGUGGCAGUAGGAUGGUUGUCUUCUCAGAAUGCAAACUUCCCAAGGAUGGGACAACUCUUUGUAAAUUCCUUAUCUUUGGCUUCCCUUCACAGUCCAGUGCAGAGUUUAGUAGGGCUGCAGGGAAUGGCCUUCAGCUUUAAAAUAGACCAGUUUUACUCAAAACUGUGGAUGCUGGGAUGCACCUAGAAGUGACUCAUCGGGUUCCUGAGGCCCUGGCUUAAUUUCAGCCAAUGUCCCUCUUUCUUCUUUGGGACAUCUAGUGCUUGUCCUCCCAUCUCUGCCCAUGUCUCUGGUGUCCCUGCAAACAGUCUGCUCUAAGAGGUGUUCCAACUUCCCUUUCCUAGAGUGCCCCCAGUUUCUCCUACUCAGCCUUUCCCUGCCCAGUCUCUUCAGCAGCCCCUUCACCUAGGCCCUUUUUCCUAAACAGUUGCCCUUCUCUCAGAUGUUCUAGACUGCAAGUUUGUGGAUAGGCUUUCUCCAGGAUCUCUCCGGGGUCAUUGCUAUUUUAACCUUAGAGUCAUCUUCCUUUUCUGGCGUGCAGUAGCUCUGGUUACCCAGGGUUUGUCCAUUUGUUUUGUGCAUGCUCUGUCCUCUUGUCAUUUUCUGUAUCUUUUCUAACUCGAGUGGCUCUUACUGCUUAUCUUAGCCAGCUCUCUUUAAUCCUCACAGGUUUGGGGGAAGCCCUGCUGAAAACUUAGUGCAUUUCUGGGGGACAAAGCCUUAGACACUGGCAGCCUUGAGGCCCAGGGGUGUAUGGUCGGUGAUGCCUUCAGAGACGGGUGAGGAGAGGGUACUUAGAGAGUUGUGAACAGUGGCGAGCCAGUGAGGGGGGCUGAGCAGGAGACUGCAGGAGUGGGACUGGGCAGGCCAGGGUGGAAGAACCAGAGAUUGUGUUUGUGCCUUGGGGUCCAGCAUGUCAUGGAUGGGGGGCAUUUUGUGGAUGUCUCCUAAUUUCUCAGGGGGUUUUGGCAGUGCUCUGAGUCACUGAGGUUAGCUUACCUCUGCAUUUCAGUGUUUGCCGGAAGGAAAGAGCAUGUCGAGUCAUCACGGGCCAGGAGUGGAGAUCUUAGGUGAGAAAGGCCCUGGAGGCUGGGGCAGGAGGCCACAGGGGCGCCGCCCAGUGGUCAGCUUAUACCCAGACUAUCCCUUCACUCCACCAGGUGUUUGAGGACGGUAACUGAUUAGGAACCUCAUCAUCUUCCCUACCCAAAAGUUGGUCUGUGGGUAACAUUUUGGGCAGGAGAAGGUGUCCUUUAACAUGAAUGUGAAACAUCUUAGCACAGUGUUUAAAAGCACGGACUUGGGAGUCUGAUGUCUUUGGUUCUGGUUUUUAGCUUUACUGCUUUGCCAGCUGGGUUUGACCUAGUUGAUUGACUUAACCUCUCUGAAUGUGCUUCCUCAACAAUAAUGGUAUGUGUGGUGGAGAAGGGGGGUGUUAAAAAUAUCUACCUCAGGGUAGUUGGCAUAACCGAAACAAUGUAAAGCUUUAGCACAGUGCCUGGCAAGCACUUAAUAAAUGGCAUGGUGGUGGCAGUGAUUCUGUUA